AUGUCUGAAGCACACCAGGCCGUGGGCUUCCGACGCUCGCUGACCUCGGACGGGGCAGAAGUGGAUCUCAGUGCGCCCGUGCUGCAGGAGAUCUACCUCUCCGGACUGCGCUCUUGGAAAAGGCAUCUCGCCCGUUUCCGGAAUGAUUUUCUCACCGGGGUGUACCCUGCCAGCCCCCUCAGCUGGCUCUUCCUCUUUGGUGCAAUCCAGCUCGCCUGGUUCCUGCAGCUGGAUCCUUCCCUAGGAUUCAUGGAGAAGAUCAAGGAGUUGCUGCCAGACUGGGCUGGGCAGCACCACAGGCUUCGGGGGGCCCUGGCGGCUGCACUGUUCGCCUCCUGUCUGUGGGGAGCCCUGAUCUUCACGCUUCACGUGGCCCUGAGGCUGCUUCUGUCCUACCACGGCUGGCUCCUUGAGCCCCACGGCACCAUGUCCUCGCCCACCAAGACCUGGCUGGCCCUGGUCCGCAUCUUCUCCGGCCGCCACCCUAUGCUCUUCAGUUACCAGCGCUCGCUGCCGCGCCAGCCUGUGCCCUGCGUCCAGGAGACCGUGCGCAAGUACUUGGAGUCAGUCCGGCCAGUCUUGUCUGACGAGGACUUCAACUGGACCGCGGUCCUAGCGCAGGAAUUUCUCAGGCUGCAGGCCUCGCUUCUGCAGUGGUACCUGCACCUCAAGGCUUGGUGGGCGUCCAAUUACGUCAGUGACUGGUGGGAAGAAUUCGUGUACCUGCGGUCACGAAAUUCGCUCAUGGUCAACAGCAACUAUUACUUGAUGGACUUCCUGUACGUCACGCCCACUCCCCUGCAGGCCGCUCGCGCGGGGAACGCUGUCCACGCUCUGCUACUGUACCGCCAUCGUCUGACCCGUCAGGAGAUCCCUCCGGUGAAGCUCAUUUCUUUACAUAGAAAGUGCCGAAUGUUUGUUAUCCUUGUAACUUAUCUGGCCUUCCCGCCUCCGCGGUUCUGCCUGUGUCCCCCAGACCACAUCCACCACCUCUGUGACAGCCGCCACGUGGCCGUCUUCCACCGCGGCCGGUUCUUCCGAGUUGGGACCCACUCCCGCAAUGGCCUGCUUUCCCCGCGGGCCCUAGAGCAGCAGUUCCAGUGGAUCCUGGAAGACCCCUCCCCCGCCCGCCCCCACGAGGAGCACCUGGCUGCCCUGACCACGGCGCCCAGAGACACGUGGACCCAGCUACGGAGGUCCCUGGAGAUGCGGGCUGCGGAGGCCCUGGGAGCUGUGGAAGGAGCCGCUUUCUUUGUGUCUCUGGACUCUGAGCCCGCAGGGCUCACCAAGGAGGACCCCACGGCUUCGCUGGAUGCCUACGCGCACGCCCUGCUGGCCGGCCAGGGGUAUGACCGCUGGUUUGACAAGUCCUUCACCUUAACUGUCUUCUCCAAUGGGAAGCUGGGCCUCAGUGUGGAGCACUCAUGGGCCGACUGCCCCAUCUCAGGACACAUGUGGGAGUUCACUCUGGCCACAGAAUGCUUUCAGUUGGGCUACUCCGAGGAUGGCCACUGCAAGGGACAUCCUGACCCCACACUGCCCCAUCCCCAGCGACUGUACUGGGACCUUCCAGAUAAGAUCCAGCCAGCCAUCUCUCUAGCCCUGAGGGGAGCCAAGACCUUGUCUGGAAACAUCGACUGCCACGUCUUCCCCUUUUCCCACUUCGGCAAAAGCUUCAUCAAAUGCUGCCGUCUGUCUCCGGACAGCUUCAUCCAGGUGGCCUUGCAGCUGGCCCACUUCCGGGACAGGGGUCAAUUCUGCCUGACUUACGAGUCGGCCAUGACUCGCUUGUUCUUGGAAGGCCGGACAGAGACGGUGCGGUCUUGUACGAGGGAGGCCUGCAACUUUGUGAGAGCCAUGGAGAAUGACGAGAAGACAGACACACAGUGCCUCGCCCUGUUCCGCGAGGCGGUCGAGAAGCACCAAGCCCUGCUGAAGGCGGCGAUGAGCGGGCAGGGGGUCGACCGGCACCUCUUCGCACUGUACAUCGUGUCCCGAUUCCUCCGCUUGCAGUCACCGUUUCUGGCUCAGGUGCACUCGGAGCAGUGGCAGCUGGCCACCAGCCAGAUCCCUAUUCAGCAAAGGCACCUGUUUGACGUGCACAAUUACCCCGACUAUGUUUCCUCCGGGGGUGGCUUCGGGCCUGCCAAUGACCAUGGUUAUGGUGUGUCUUACAUCUUCAUGGGGGAGAACAUCAUCACCUUCCACAUCUCCAGCAAAAAGUCAAGCACAAAAACGGACUCCCACCGGCUAGGACAGCACAUUAAGGAUGCACUGUUGGACGUGGCCUCCCUGUUCCAGGCCGGGCAGGGUCUUGGCUGCAGGCGCAGAGGGUUAGGGACGGACUCCGGGCACAAGAGUGGGUCCCUCUCCAACCAGACUCAGAGCUCCAGGCACCCCCAACAUCUGACUUCUGACCCCUUCCCCCAGGGAGCUGGUCUCCCUGAGGAACCAGAGUGA